AUCCAUGAAAAAUGUGAGGAGGUACGCUUAUUAAAAUUGGAAAGAGAAAAGCUGCUUUCUGAAGCAGCUGAUAAUGAGAUUAGACUUAAUGAUAUGACUGAAGAAAUUGGAAAAUCAAAAGACAUCCUAGCAGAUGUACAACUUAAAUAUGUCAAGUCUGAUCACGAGUAUGUAGCACUUAAACAGCUCCAUGAAGAACUAGAGCAAAAAUACCUAGCUGCAUCAGAAAACAAUGAACAAAUGAAGAUCCAAAUAAAUAUUCUAUCUGAAGAAGCACGAGAGUCCAAAACAACUUUGGAUGAAGUGAAAUUAGAGCUCUCUAGCAAAAUGAAAGAACUGGAAGAAAAGACAGCAGAGCACAAAAAACUUCUUGAGGAAAGAGAAGACUUUAUUCAAACUCAGCAGAAGUUAAAUAAAAUAGAGCAAUUAAAAGAGCAAGAGAAGAUUAUGGAGUUGAGACUGGAGGCCAAGGAUUCAGAGAUCCAGGCAGUUCUUCAGCAGCUUUCUGAAUGUCAGGAAGAAAUAAAAACUCUAACCCAGGAAAGAAAUUGUCUGAAGCAAAAAGAGGAGUCUCUCCAAGCUGAGACAGACCAACUCAAAGAGGAUAUAAAAGACACUGUUUCAAUGAACAUUUUGACACAUGAAGAACUGAGAAAUGCACAGUGUUCUCUCAAGCAAGCCCAGCAUACUGUCAAGAAGUUGGAAAAAAGUAUUUCUGAAAAAGAAUCUCAGAUGCUGCGUGUUGAAGAGGCUCUGGGGAAAACCAUUAAAGAACUUGAAAUACGGGUAUCAGAAAUGACAGAAGAAAUAAAAAUCAUCACAUCAGAGAGAGACCAGCUUGCUGAGGAAAAAGCAGAAAAUAACUGCAGAGAAAGUGAUCAGCUUCAAGUGCAGAAGGAACAAAUCUUUUCCCUUGAAGAGAACAGUUCAUUGCAGAAUAAACUGGACAGCUUACAUUUGAAAAAAGAAGAGUCUGGGGAAGGAACUCUGAUACCACAGAUUCAAGAAAAAUCUGUUGAGCAAGAAUUGCUGCUUCUGAGAGAAGAGCUGAGCCAGGCACAAAGGAAGCUGCAGGAAAUGGAGGAAGUGAAGGCCAAUGAAUGUCAAAGAGAAUCUGACAACAUGGGGAAAACAGAUUUCACUCCAAAAUUGGAUGACUGUCAGAAAGUGAGCAGUCUGACAGAAAAAGGAGAUGAUGAUCUGAAAAUGCAACUGGAGGAUCUCCAAAAUGAGAGAGACCAACUCAGACAAACUAUACAGGAGGCAAUUAGCACGAAUUUAGGGAUGCAGGAAGAGUUGAGAUGUGCUCAUAACUCUCUCGGACAACAUCAGGAGACUAUUGUGAACCUGAAAGGAAGUAUUUCAGAGAAAGAAAAUCAGCUCUUGAAAGCACAGGAGGCGUUGAAGGAAACAACCGAUGAACUGCAGAAGAAGCUCACUGAAGUAACUGAAAACCUGACUCAUGUUACUUCUGAACAUGGCAAGCUCCUGGCAGAAAAAGAACAAGUUGAAAGAACAAUGAAUGAGCAUAUCUGUCAGCAGCUUGAGAAAAUCACUUUACUUAAUCAAGAGAAAGAUGAGCUACAGCAAAUGCUAGAGACUUGUAAAGCAGAAAGAGAUCAGUUGGAGGCCGACUGUCAGGAAAGCAAGGAGAGUUCCUUAAAAAUUCUGACUGAAAUGGAAAGUCUACAGGAAGAACUAAGGCAGCAUAAAGAGCAAGUUGAUAUCCAGAAGAGCAUGCUAGCAAAUGGAGAAGAGAAACUGCGAAGCACUGAAGAAAAACUAAAUGAAGAAAUAAACAAACUGAAAGAAAAGGUGGUCAAGUUGAAUGAGGACUUAAAUUUGGUAACUAUGGAAAGACACCAGCUGCUGGGAGAAUGGAAAGAAAAGUCUGAGAGUGAAAGCAGUAAAAUUCAACAGCUGGAGAAACAGUGUGACUUGUUGGCACAGAAGAGAGAUCAGCUCCAGGAAAUGCUGGAAGGUAUUCAAGCAGAGAAGAGCAAACUGGAGAUUAACCUACAGGAGCGUGUUGAUAAGAUUCUUGAAACUGAAAAGGAAUUGAAGUGGCAACAAGAACUCCUCAGCAAUGAGAAAAUUAAAGCUGAAGAGAGGGAAGAACAGUUGUUAAGGGUUCAGAGGAGAUCAGAAAUUUUGGAGGAUAGCCUAACAAACAAGAUUCGACAGUUAACUGAAACGCUAAACAGUGUAUCAUGUGAAAAAGACCAAUUAUUGGCUGAAAGAGCUAGUAGCUCUUUCCAGCUUGAAGAACAAAUAUCGUCAAUGAAUAGAGAAAGAGAUGAACUACAAAAACUUCUCCAGGAUGUCAGGUCUGAACGGGACCAGCUCAAGACAGAAUUGCAAAAAAAAUCUGAGAUGUUUGUUGAAACAAAUGCAAAACUGGAAUGUGCUCUGGACCAACUGAAGCAGAGAAACCUGAAUGACAUGUCCAUUCAGGUGAACCUACUCGAUAAUGCAGAGCAGGUAGUUGAUGAGAACCUGAAGGAACAAAACAUGAACAUUAAGGAGCUUCUUGAGAAAUUCCCAAACAUGGGGAAGAGGUAUGAAUGUCUCUCUACAGUGUCUCUUAACCUAAAGAACGGACUGGAUAGUCAGAAAGCACUGGUAGCUGUGAUACUGACUCAGCUUUCAUUGGAACAGAGUAAACAAGUCAAAAGACUUGAAACUGAAAAUGAGAAAGUAAAUGGUCAUCUCCAGAGUUUAUUGAACAAACUGAAGUUUCUGUUUGGUCGUGUUUGCUCAAAGAAAAGAGAGUAUCAUACUACUGUUCACAAGUAUGAAAUGGAAUUGCUGGAAGAAAAGAGAAAACAAGAUCAGCUACGAGCUCACAUUCAGUAUCUCAAGAAGACUUUUUUGAACCAGAAUGAAAUAUUCUCUCCAGAGUUAAUCAUCAGUGAAGUGCUGCAGAGUUUCCACUCCAAUGCAGAGAGCAUUCUCAAAGAUGUGUCAGAAAUGGAAAGUGAACUUCUCUGCAUAGAGGCAGAGUUAGAGCAGGAAGAAAGUGCUAGAGAAGAAAUAACACAGUUCUGGGAAGCUUGUUCAGGAGGUCACUGUGAUGCAGAGAAACUUAAAGAAGAAUUAAAGAGAGAUAAUGAAAAGCUUUUGCAAGUCAUUAACUACUGGACUCCUAAAGCAAAGGUACUCUUUCAACUUUCUUCAGAGCUGGAUGCCAGAACUGCCAACUAUUGUAAAAAUGCUGAUGGUGAAUUGAAACAGAGAAAAGAGAAAAGUAAAGAAUUGCUUCAGGAACUGAACACUCUUAAAGAACAACUGGCCCCUGGUGGCUCUGCCAGUCUUGCAUUAGAAGAAGAAAACUACAGGCUUCAUAACAAAUUAAAGGCUGCAGAGCAAGAUAUAAAGGCUAUGGAAACAAAAAAUCAGGAUUUGGAAAAUGAAAUAAGUGAAGUAAGGAAAAAUGUCAUGGAGAAAGAUGACAGGAUAAACAAGCUACAAGCACAGAUAAGUAAAAAAACUGCAACAAGUGAGCUUACUGAAGUGCAAGCCAAACUGAGUGAGACAGAGAAGUUCCUCAAAACUGCCUUAACAGAGAAUCAGAGUCUUCAGGCAAAAUUAGAUAAAGGUGCUGAGUUGUACAAAGAAGAAAUUGAUAAUCUCAAAACACAAUUGGUAAAAUACGAUAUGGAAAGAAUGAAACAAUCUAACUCUUUUGAUAUGAAACUUGCUAACUAUAAAGCCCUUGCAGAACACCAAGAGCAACAAUUAAAAAAGCUAAAAGAAGAACUUAGAAGAGCACAGCAAGAGCAAGAUGUUACUGUGGUGAUGGAAAAAGAGGCUCCUCAGCAAUCCCAAAUACCCCUUACGUGUGGUGGUGGCAGUGGUAUUGUGCAGAGCACACAAAUACUUGUUCUAAAAUCUGAACAAGCUAAGCUACAGAAAGAGAACUUCCAUCUGAAGAAACAAAAUGACAUUCUACUAAGUAAUGAGCUUCAGCUGAAAGAGGAACUUAGAAAAUGGAAAGAGCGAGCCCUAAAAUGGAAAGAACGAUCUUCAAGGGAAAACACUGGAGAGAUGGUACCAAGAUCUCCAAGGAAGACAGUGUCAUAUUCCCUUAAAGAGCAAAUGCCUUCACCUGCCAAGGAACCUGUUUCUCAGGAAACUAUGACUCAAGACAUAUCAAAGCCUCCACCACUGACUUGUCCAACAAAUUUCUUUGAUAAUUCAAGCCUGGGUACACUAACAGAUACACGGCCUGCGGGAAUAGAGCCCACGGGAAAACAUCUUAAGCACUGGUUUGGAAAUUCAGAGAAAGAUAAAGCCCCUGAGUGUACAACCCAAUAA